AUGCUGCUAUGCGCGCACUGGAGGGCUUCAUGUUCUUCGGGAAAGAUAUGGUAUGCCUCCUUCAUUCUUGCCUCCUUUCGUUCUGUACUUGAGGGCUUACCCGUACAGCACAUCGGCUACGCGAAAACCAAAUCCGACACCGUCGCGAAGCUCGACGGCACGUUCAAGAUGCCUGAACCCGACCUGCCAGAGAGGCAGCUGGAAACGACCGAGCAAACGGGUGUUGCGGCAGCGGUAUUCGGCAGCGCGCCUGCGAAGGCGGUACCGGUGAACGAGCAAGACAGGGCGAAGGGGACGAAGAGGGGAAGGGAAGAGGAAGAAGAGAAGAGCGAGAGCGAGGAUGAUGAUGAAGAGAUGCAGAUGUCGGAGAGUGACGAGGAGUAA